AACACGAACAUUUUCAUAAAUUGUGCGUUUACUACGAGGAUAUAUAAAUAUAUCUAUAUACAUACAUAUAUAUUUAUAGGCUGAUUAGCUAUGUCAUGCCAGCCGCCAGCCAACGACGUGCAGUAUCUGCGCUGUCUGAAGUGCAUGAAGAUCAUAAAGUGCUCGCGCUAUGACACCAGCUGCUUGGUGCAUCACGUGCAAAAGGAUCAUCCGGAGAUCCUGGAGGAACCCAAUGAGAAGAUGCUUAAUCUGCACAAGCUGGCCGCCGAGCACGGCAUUAACAACGAGCGUCUCUCGGAGAUCAGCAAGAUGACCGGCAUGUCCGAGGUGCAGAUGGCCGACGAGGCCAACCGCUAUUUGCAGCGCAAGCAACAGGACGAAGAGCACAAACAGAAUCGUUCAGUUCACUUGGCAACUGACUCGAAGGAAUUGAAUCGCCGUCAAUUUUAUCGCAGCUCCAUCGAACGCUGGAUACCCACAGACGGCUGCAUCUGCUGUCCCAGCUGUGGCGCCAAUCGACGGCCACUGAUCAAGACCAGUAACGACAUCCACACGAGCACCAGCUGCCCGGCAUCGUGCGUGACCAACUGCUGGCCCUUCUGCUUUCUGCCCUGCCUUCAGUCGUCGGACAAUCGCGAAUAUCUGCACUGUUCCAAGUGCAAAACAUUUCUGGGCAUCUAUGAUCGCGAAAGCAAUUGCAUACGACCCAAUCGUGAAUUUGUGGCAGCUGCUCAAUAAAUUUAGUUUGCAGCAAUUUCGAAUUCAAACUUAUAUUAUGUAUUUUAAGUAAAAAAACCAAAAAGCUUAGCCAAUACAAUUACCCAAAUUGUCCCAAUUGGGACUUGCUGAAUGGACAGCACUGCAAGCUUAGCCGAGACCAUAACCAGUGGAAUGCUAUUAAGUAGCACGACUUUUAUUGCAAUUAAAAGCUUAAUUACCCUAGACAUCGACCCAAUGAGAUCAAUUAAUUUGUAUUUUGCGCAUUGCAUAUUUACGCCAACAGUCUAAUCAA